AUGCCUUCUUCACCUUCAUACCGUCAUACCGAGCCGCCCGACUCUCCCGCGCACGACUCCGACUCCGACCUCGACCUCGACAUCCAGGAGCUUGAUCCCAUCUCUACCGCGCCAACCCGAGGCUCCAAGCCCGAGCCGGCCGACACCUCGCAAAAAACCUCGAGGAUUGCCCUCCGCAACCUGCGUAUGGGUGGGCUGCGAAGAGCGGGCAAGCGACACCGCACCUACGGGGAGCUUGGUCACGAUCGCGAUGCCGCCGACGAGGACGACGACUCGCAACGCCUCCUGGGCGAUCGUGACGACGCGCAAGAGGGCGAGGAUGGCGCACCUCUGCUCGGUGGCCGCCCCAAGGACAACCAAGGGCGGAGAAUGUCGCUAAGCUCUGUCCUGAGAGUGCCUAGCUUCAUGUCAGGGACCAGAAGGGGACCUGAUGACGAGGAGCGUCCCGGGGAAGAUGACCCCUCGUCGUCACGGAUCGUCCCGGUCGGGUCCGUGCAACCGGUGCGAUAUCCCACCAACAUGGUCUCCAAUGCCAAGUAUACCCCAUGGUCCUUUCUUCCCGUCACACUAUACAACGAAUUUUCUUUCUUCUUCAACAUGUAUUUCCUUCUUGUUGCCCUGUCACAAAUAAUACCUGCCCUGCGAAUCGGUUAUCUUACAACUUAUAUCGCGCCGCUGGCGUUUGUGCUGUGCAUCACCAUGGGCAAGGAAGCUUGGGACGAUAUCGAUCGACGCCGGCGAGACAACGAAGCCAACUCGGAGGAAUACACCAUCCUCAAAUUCUCGCAGCCUUCGCCGGAGCCCAGCACGCGGCCCAAGAGACUUCUCAAGUCCGAAACAAUGAAGCGCGGAUCUAAAAAGGGCCGUGCCGACACAACGGACAGAGCUGGACUGUCAGACAUACAGGAAGACCCCGGUUCCGAACCCAGGAAACCUUCAUCGACAGUAUUAGAAAUCAGCCGGAAGUCCAAGGAUCUCGCCGUCGGCGACGUUCUCCGGCUGACCAAGGGACAACGUGUGCCGGCAGACGUUGUCAUUUUGCAGUGCUCCAACGGCGAGACUAUGGACGCGAGUGAUUCGGAUGAGCAUCCCGAGCUAGGCGACUUGGUAUCAAUAGACGAGGAAGCUGAAUCGAGUUCGAAAGGCAAGCAGCCUGCGGCCGAGAGGCAGACUUCGGUAGCAGCUGCUAUCACUACCGGCGAAACCUUCAUUAGAACAGAUCAGUUGGACGGUGAGACGGAUUGGAAGCUGCGGCUUGCGUCACCGCUUACCCAAAACAUUCCUCCCGAGGAGCUUGUCCGCUUGCGAGUCAACGGUGGGAAGCCGGAUAAAAAGGUCAACGAAUUCAUCGGAACUGUCGAGCUUCUACAGUCUCGCGAAGAGGCCGCUCAGCAGCAGGCUUCUCUCGGCCAGGAAGAUGGAUCCGUUACGACUGCUGCGCUAUCUAUCGACAACACAGCAUGGGCGAACACAGUUAUUGCCUCCCAAGGAAGUACUCUGGCCGUGAUCAUGUACACUGGGCCCCAUACUCGAUCCGCUCUAUCUACCUCACCAUCCCGCUCCAAGACUGGCCUUCUCGAAUACGAAAUCAACUCUCUUACCAAAAUUCUUUGUGCGUUGACUCUCGCUCUCUCUAUCGUGCUUGUCGCACUUGAAGGAUUUGAGAAUAGACCUGGAAAGCCGUGGUAUAUCCAAAUUAUGCGGUUCUUGGUCCUCUUUUCCACCAUUGUGCCCAUCAGCUUGCGCGUCAACCUCGACAUGGGAAAGACAGCCUACGGCCGUUUCAUCCAGAGAGAUCCUGGUAUUCCGGGAGCCGUGGUGCGCACAAGCACUAUACCAGAGGACCUUGGCCGUAUUGAAUAUCUUCUGAGUGACAAAACUGGCACAUUGACGCAAAACGACAUGGAGAUGAAGAAGAUUCAUAUCGGAACAGUCUCUUACGCCAAUGAAGCGAUGGAUGAGGUCAACUCGUACGUUCGUCAGGGCUUUUAUAUACAACCGACCACAGAUCCUGCGACGCAGAGCAUGCUGAUUACGCCAUCAUCCACAUACGUAAACACGGUCGCUGUUGGUGCCACUCGAACAAGAAGAGAGAUUGGCACUAGAGUCCGUGACGUUGUCCUAGCUCUGGCGCUUUGCCACAACGUAACGCCCACGACUGACGAGGAAGAUGGCAAAGAAGUUACCUCGUAUCAAGCGUCUUCUCCCGACGAAAUUGCAAUCGUCAAAUGGGCUGAAAGCGUUGGACUGAAGCUUGCUUCUCGAGACCGAAAGAGCAUGACCCUCGCCGCUACCACUACUGGUCGUCCAGUUGUGCGUGUCAACAUUCUUGACGUGUUCCCUUUCACUUCAGAAGGAAAACGCAUGGGCAUUAUUGUUCACUUCCAGGACGACCUCAACAAACCUAACCGGGAUCUUAGCUCUGGCGACAUUUGGUUCUACCAAAAGGGUGCAGACACUGUCAUGAGCUCCAUCGUGGUGGCGAAUGAUUGGCUCGAUGAAGAGACGUCCAACAUGGCUAGAGAAGGUCUGCGAACUCUGGUUGUUGGCCGGAAGAGGCUGUCAUACCAGCAAUAUCGAGAGUUUUCUUCGCGGUACCAUGAGGCGUCACUGGCGAUUAACAAUCGCGAUGUGGGUAUGCAAAAGGUUGUUGCGCAAUACUUGGAAAACGAUCUCGAACUGCUUGGUGUUACUGGUGUGGAAGACAAGCUGCAACGCGACAUCAAGCCGUCUCUCGAACUACUUCGGAACGCCGGCAUCAAGAUUUGGAUGCUUACUGGUGACAAGGUUGAAACGGCACGAUGCGUUGCGGUCAGCUCGAAGCUUGUGGCACGCGGCCAGUACAUCUACACGGUUGACAAAUUGAAGCGCAAGGAUAAUGCGCAAGAACACCUCGACUUCUUGCGCAACAAGACUGACGCUUGCCUUUUGAUUGACGGCGAAAGUCUGGCGCUCUUCCUCACGCACUUCCGCAUUGAGUUCAUAUCGGUGGCUGUCCGUCUGCCCACCGUCGUCGCAUGCCGAUGCAGCCCAACCCAAAAGGCCGAGGUUGCCACCCUCAUCAAGGAAUACACAAAGAAGCGAGUCUGCUGCAUCGGUGAUGGCGGCAACGACGUCUCCAUGAUUCAAGCUGCCGACGUCGGUGUCGGCAUCGUCGGCAAAGAAGGUCGCCAGGCGAGUCUGGCGGCCGACUUUUCCAUUGAGCAGUUUUGCCACUUGGUGAAGCUUCUUGUAUGGCACGGACGCAACAGCUACAAGCGCAGUGCCAAGCUUGCCCAGUUUGUCAUCCAUCGCGGUCUCAUCAUUGCCGUCUGCCAGACCAUGUACAGCAUUGCCCUGAAAUUUGAGCCCGAAGGCCUGUACAUUGACUGGCUCAUGGUUGGCUAUGCAACAGUCUACACGGCUGCUCCCGUACUGUCUCUUGUCCUGGACAAGGAUGUGGACGAGGAUCUGGCCAAUCUGUAUCCUGAACUGUACAAGGAACUCACCACGGGCCGAUCGCUCUCGUACCGCACGUUUUUCGUCUGGGUCUUUGUCUCCAUCUACCAGGGCGGCAUGAUCCAGGGCCUGUCGCAGAUUCUCACGGGCGUCGAGAACAAGAAGAUGACGGCUGUUAGCUACACGGUGCUCAUUCUCAAUGAGCUUCUCAUGGUGGCGAUUGAAAUCACCACCUGGCAUCCCAUCAUGAUUGUUAGUAUCUUAGGCACCUUUGUCAUGUACAUUGGCUCCAUGCCCUUUCUUGGCGGAUACUUUAACUUGGAGUUUAUCAUUACUUGGGGAUUUGUCUGGCGUGUUCUUGCCAUUUUGUCCAUCUCACUUGUGCCACCGUAUGCGGCGAAGCUUAUUAGAAGAACGAUGAAACCGCCGUCGUACAGAAAGGUGCAAAACCGAUAG